AUGGCGUCCGUUCAGGAUCUGGAAGAAUGGAUGCAAGAGGCCGGCAGCGCGCUCUCCAUCACCCUCGUCUCGCCGACUGCGUCUGGCGUGAAGCCCGUCGCCACCUUUCACCCAAAGUUCACAUACCCCAUCUUCGGCGACGAUGAGAAGAUCUUUGGCUACAAGGAUCUCAAGAUCAGUCUGCGCUUCCGCGCCAACGACAUGCGACCGCAUGUGCACACAACCUACAGCAAGAAGCUGAAGCCAGCCCCCGGUGUAGAGGAGCCGACUGAUGUGGUGGGCGUGCUGGACGAGGGCCACCACCUUCCAAAGAUUGCGUUUGUCAAAGGUUCGGACUUCGAGAGUGGCUCCAAGCAGCUUGGAGAUAACUACACCCCCCCGGGCAAGCUUCAUGCGACCCUCAAUGGUGCAGACGGUCAAUACGAGGUCUGGCGAGGCAGCCUGGAUGACGCGGCCGUCCGACAGCUCAACACCCGCGUCCAGAUAUUUGUGCCGCUGUUCAUCGAAGGCGGCACCUACAUUGGUCAAGACACCGAGUCGGAGUCGCCCGACAUCAACAUCUCUGAUGCCGACCGUUGGACCCUCUUCUUCCUGUACAAGACGCAGCCGUCCGACAUUGAGCCCGGCAAGAAGUCGUACAUCUUCGUCGGAUACUCGACCGUCUACCGCUUCUUCUUCUUCCAGCCACCCACACCUCCUCAGUCCCCCAGGGAGGACUGGGAGCUGCCGGAGGGACACAUGGAUCUCGCAGAGCUGCCUUGCCGAACACGACUGUCGCAGUUCAUUAUUCUCCCACCGUUCCAGGGCCAAGGCAACGGCCAUCUCCUGUACAAGACCAUCUUCGACUACUACCACAAACAUCCCCAGACCCACGAGUUCACCGUGGAAAACCCCAGCGAGGUGUUUGAUGACCUGCGAGACAUCUGCGACCUCACCUUUCUCAACACAAUGCCCGAAUUCCAGGCGCUACUCCUUGACAGCUCGGUGACAAUACCGAAAUCCGGCCCUAUGCCUGCUCUCAUUCUGGGCGCCGACACGAUCGAAGACGUGAGGAAAAAGGCAAAGAUUGCACCUCGACAGUUUGCACGUGUCCUGGAGAUGCACCUCAUGUCCCAGUUGCCGCCCUCGGUGCGACCGAGCCUGGACCUGGACGCCAUCGUCCCGGAGCCAACCAAGGCGGACAAGCACAAGGAAAGACUGUGGCAAUUGAUUGUCAAGCAGCGGCUUUACAAGCAAAACAGGGAACUCCUCGCGCAGAUUGACCAGUCGGAGCGUAUCGAGAAGCUGAGGGAGACCCUGACAGGCGUGGAAUUGGAGUAUGCACGAGUACUUGCUGCGCACGAGCGAGCCAUGUCGCAUGCGGAGACUUCUCCGCGGAGGGAGUCGAAUGGCAAGCGGAAGCUGGACGAAGCUGAGGCUGCCGAGCCCAGCAAGAAGGCUAGGGUCGAGGACGAAUGA